AUGCGGCAGAGUGUGUCACCUGAAGAACGUCUCAUUACUACUUUAAGCUGGUGCUCCUUUCACUCUGAAGCCUGCUGUGCGCCCAUACAUAAUUUUGUAAGUCUUAUUGGUCUUAUUGGUCUAGCUGUUGGUAAAGAGAAGUUUAUGCAAGAUGCGUCAGAUGUGAUGCAGCUGCUGCUAAAGACUCAGACAGACUUCAGCGAGUUAGAAGAUGAUGAUCCUCAGAUUUCAUAUAUGAUAUCUGCAUGGGCACGUAUGUGUAAAAUCCUUGGAAAAAAAUUCCAGCAGUACCAUCCUGUGGUUAUGGGACCUCUCAUGAAAACUACUUCCAUUAAACCAGAGGUGGCUCUUCUUGACACUCAAGACAUGGAGAGCAUGGGUGAUGAUGAUGGAUGGGAGUUUGUUAAUCUAGGAGACCAACAAAGUUUUGGAAUCAAAACUUCUGGACUUGAAGAAAAAGCAACUGCUUGCCAGAUGUUGGUCUGUUAUGCUAAAGAGCUGAAGGAAGGAUUUGUGGAGUACACAGAACAAGUUGUAAAACUAAUGGUUCCACUCCUUAAGUUCUAUUUUCAUGACGGGGUAAGAGUUGCUGCUGCAGAGUCUAUGCCACUGUUGUUGGAAUGUGUACGGGUACGCGGCCCCGAGUACCUAACCCAAAUGUGGCACUUCAUGUGCAAUGCUCUUAUAAAAGGAAUUGGAACAGAACCAGAUUCCAAUGUUCUGUCCGAAAUUAUGCACUCUUUUGCUAAGUGCAUAGAGGUGAUGGGAGUUGGAUGUUUAAACAAUGAACAUUUUAAAGAACUUGGAGGCAUGCUGAAGAGUAAACUAGAAGAGCACUUUAAAAAUCAAGAUCUAAGACAAGUGAAAAGACAAGAUGAGGAUUAUGAUGAACAAGUUGAGGAAUCCCUGCAAGAUGAGGAUGACAAUGACGUUUACAUUCUGACUAAAGUAGCAGACAUUUUGCACUCUAUAUUCAGUAGCUACAAAGAGAAGGUGUUGCCGUGGUUUGAGCAGUUGCUGCCAUUAAUUGUUAACUUAAUUUGUCCACAUCGACCAUGGCCAGACAGACAGUGGGGACUCUGUAUCUUUGAUGACGUCAUUGAACACUGUAGCCACACUUCCUUCAAAUACGCCGAAUACUUCCUUAGACCUCUGGUACAGUCAAUCUGUGACAGCAGUCCAGAGGUUCGUCAAGCGGCUGCUUAUGUUGUUGGUGUGAUGGCACAGUUUGUUGGGGAUAAUUAUCGUCCUUUCUGUACAGAAUCUCUUCCACUUCUUGUUGGGGUUAUACAGACCCCCGACUCUAAAACCAAAGAGAAUAUCAAUGCAACAGAGAAUUGCAUUUCAGCUGUAGGAAAAAUAAUGAAAUACAGACCAGAUUGCUUUAAUGUUGAUGGAGUUCUGCCUCAUUGGCUGUCAUGGCUGCUGCUGCAUGAGGACAAAGAGGAAGCUGUUCACACUUUUAACUUUCUCUGUGACCUUCUAGAAAGUAACAAUCCAAUUGUACUUGGACCCAACAACUCAAACUUACCCAAAAUAUUUAGUAUUAUAGCAGAUGGAGGAGUCCAUGAAUCUGUAAAAAAUGAAGACUUUUGUGGUAAAAGACUUGCCAAUGUAGUACGACAAGUUCAGGCAUCCGGAGGAUUGUUCACACAAUGUGUAUCACAGCUGAGUCCAGUCCAGCAGAAGGCUUUACAAGAUCUCCUUAGUGCUGCGACUGAUGACCACUACUGUUGGCGUAUAUCAGGAAAACUAACAUGAAAUAAACUUACCUCUUCUGUUUAGGUUUCUUUCUUUUUGUGUUGAGGAAAAAGGAGCAGUAGUGAGUAUAAGCAGUUGUUCUGCAGGCGUUAAGUCAGGAGAGAUGCAUCAUACCCCAGAAUGGAAUAAAAGAACAUGUUAAA